GGAGUGCAGCCCUGAAGGCCCGACCGCCCGCUCUAGGGAGGGUCCCUCCUGGGGGGCCUGGGGGCUCCGCGGGGGCCGCGCUGGAAUCCGCCCGCCCGGGAAGCCGGCCGGGUGGGGGGGGCGCCCUCCCGCCCCGCCCACCGCCCCGCAGCUAUAUCUGCGCGCCCGCCUGGCCCAGGCCGCCGCCGUCCCCACUGCACCCAGUGCCCGCUGCCCGAAGCACCCACAGGACCCGCAGCGCCCUCGCCCGCACAGGCCGCGCCCAGCUGGAAUGCAGAGGUCGCCGCCCGGCUACGGCGCACACGACCUCCCGCCCGCCCGCCGCGACUGUGCAUGGGCCCCGGGGCUCGGGGCCGCCGCUGAGCCGCGGGGCCUCCCAGCCGCGCCCCCUGCGCCGCCUGCGCCGCCCAGCCCGCCGCGCAGCCCAGAGCCAGGCCGCUAUGGCCUCAGUCCCUCCGGGGCUGCCCGCGGGGAGCGCCCGCCCGACGAGUCCCGCAUCCGGCGGCCCAUGAACGCCUUCAUGGUGUGGGCUAAGGAUGAGCGCAAGCGCCUGGCGCAGCAGAACCCCGACCUGCACAACGCUGUGCUCAGCAAGAUGCUGGGCAAGGCGUGGAAGGAGCUGAGCGCCGCGGAGAAGCGGCCCUUCGUGGAGGAGGCGGAGCGGCUGCGGCUGCAGCACCUGCGGGACCACCCCAACUACAAGUACCGGCCGCGCCGCAAGAAGCAGGCACGCAAGGCGAGGAGGGCCGAGUCUGGCCUCUUACUGCCCGGCCUGGCGCCGCCGCCCGAGCCCUUUCCCGCGCCCGGCCGCGCCUUCCGCGAGCUGCCCGCUCUGGGCACCGACCCCGACGGCCUGGGGCUGCCCACGCCUGAGCGCUCCCCGCUGGACGGGCUGGAGCCCGGCGAGGCCGCCUUCUUCCCACCGCCCGACGACGGCGGCCUGCGGACCCUGCGCGCGCCCUUCGGGCCCCCCGACCUGCCCCGGGACCCCGGCUGCUUCGGGGCGCCCCUGGCCGAGGCGCUCCGGACCGCGCCCCCCGCCCCGCCCGGCCUCUACUACGGGCCAGCAGCCUAUCCGGGGCCGCUGUCCCCGCCACCCGAGGCCCCGCUGGACGGCGAGCUCUGGGCCGACGUGGACCUCACUGAGUUCGACCAGUACCUCAACUGCGGCCGGACUUGGCCCGACGCCGGACUGCCCUACCACGUGGCGCUGGCCAAGCGCGGCCCGCGGGCCAUGUCCUGCCCGGAGGAGAGCAGCCUGAUCGCAGCUCUGUCCGACGCCAGCAGCGCGGUCUACUACAGCGCCUGUAUCUCGGGGUGACCCCCCAGCACCCCUGGGCGCCGCCGCCCACGCCAGGACCUGCCGCUCUAUUCCGGCCAGGGCUGUUUCUAAAGCACCUAAUCCUUCCCCUGCUGCGUUAUCCCUAGACCCCAAACUGUGUUGGUUUUGGUUGGUUGGUUUGUUGUUUUUUUUUUACUCUGCCUUUUUUUAUAUGUAUACAUAACACGAUGUAUUUAAUUUUUGAUUAAACUUGUAAACUUUUUA